AUGGAACCGACACGCAGUUCAGAGGAGAGUGUUGGUGGAUCUGUAAAACGGCCGACCACGCUAAACUUGCUGCUUAGUCCCAUAGAAUCACCGUUCCGCACACCAUUUGAACUUACACCCCAACGGACUGUGAUCGAAAAGUUGAUUGAAGCGUUCAAACAGUCACCACAAUCCCUUGGAGGAUUUUUCAGCUCAGAUGAUGCGGAACAGCUUGGCAAUAACUUUUUUCAAAGACUACUUGAGAUCAAAGAUUCCGGAUGUCUCACCCCGACCGUUCGUUCAGCCUUUCCCCUGUCAGGAACCGAAGAGAACAGUUUACCAGAUUUGGAUACCCCAACACUUUACAAUUUCAUAUGCCGUCAAGCUGCGGUUCAGCAACAACAGCAGCAGCAACAACAACAACAGGCGAGCGUAUCCACCCCGAUUAUUCUUUGUUCACCCACGCGCCUGUCACAGUCGUUGACAGAAGCGCUGAGUAAACUGGGGAAUGGGGCUGGUGACCAGUCUAUUACUAUUGAUACCUCAUUGGGAUGUGAUCUGAAUUCAGUUCAAAAUGCCAUUCAAAACACAUUAUCCAUCACACUCCCUGGCACAUCGAAAGAUUUGACUAACUUGCAGUUAUGCAGUGGACCUCAUCAAUUCGAUCUAACCAACACUUCUGUGUCCGUAACUAAUCCAACUAACGCUCCUAUUUUAUCUCAGCCUUCCGGAUUGAAGCUAGAACAGAUGGCAGCUGAACUAAACACUGCUCUCACCACUGACCCAAACCAAUCCCUCACCGAUCCUUUGUUCUGGCCGUUGCUUAUCCAAACCUCCAUUGCGAAUGAUCAAUCGGCUUCCCAGCAGUUUGAUACGCGCAACACAGUAGGUCAAAUGAGUUCUCCGCUAGACGAUCAUGAUGCAACUAGACCCUCGUCUGUGACCAAUGGAGCCGAUACCGUCGGCGAUUUCGAUCGGGGCUCUAUAGCGGCGGCUGGCAACACAUUAGCUUUUCGUUCCUCCUCCUCUCCAGUUUCCUCCAAUUCCUCAAUUUCACAACCGCAUGCUCCGGAUUCUGGUUCACGAGACACGCGACUGGAUCCUACAGAACAGCUUCGUAUGCGUCUCGAGCGUAAACGUGCACGCAAUCGCGACGCGGCUCGCAAGUGCAGAGAGCGUAAAAUUGUCCUUAUCAAGCGUCUUGAAAAGGAAGCAGCUCAUCUGACCGAGGAAAAUAAAGCUCUGCGUCAUCGGGUGUUGCGUUAUUUGCGUGAGGUGGAUCGUCUGAAGUUGUUUGUAGUUCAUCACUUACAAAACGAAUGCCCGGCUGUGGGAAGCAAACAUGCUUAG